UUAAGCUGGUUGGCUGGCACGGGCUGGUUGGUCGGUUGGUUGAGAGUAGCCAUGGCUCGACUCGCUGCGCUACUGCUUUUACCGGUUCUAAUUGAAUCGGUAUUUUCAAUUUCUUUCUUUUUGCCAGUCAACUCAAGGAAGUGUUUACGGGAGGAGAUCCACAAAGACGUCCUGGUCACGGGGGAGUAUGAAAUAAGCGAACAGGCGAACACCAAAACUAAUCUGAAGAUCACAGAUUCCUCUAGCCACACUCUCUACUCCAAGGAAGAUGCAACAAAAGGAAAGUUUGCAUUCACCACAGAGGAUUAUGACAUGUUUGAGGUGUGCUUUGAGAGCAAAUCACCAAUGGGAACUGGGAGAGUGCCUGACCAGCUGGUCAAUCUGGACAUGAAGCACGGCGUGGAAGCCAAAAACUAUGAAGAGAUCGCCAAGGUGGAGAAGCUGAAGCCUCUGGAGGUUGAACUGAGACGACUGGAAGACCUGUCAGAGUCCAUUGUUAAUGACUUUGCUUAUAUGAAGAAGAGGGAGGAGGAAAUGAGGGAUACCAAUGAGUCCACCAACACACGUGUGCUGUACUUCAGCAUAUUCUCCAUGUGCUGUCUCAUUGGGCUGGCCACAUGGCAGGUCUUCUACUUGCGGCGUUUUUUCAAGGCAAAGAAGCUGAUUGAGUAGAGCGGCCCCGGGCUCCUUGCAUUUGGGGGAAGCUGCUUUCCGGUCAGCCAACACAUCCCAGCAUCCACCCUCCUUGGACUAGCUUCAGCAAACAACAGCAAGCGGGGUUGAGGGGCUCAAAUUCUAGUUUUGAUGACUGUAAGAGCGAGUUCCAAGAUUGUCCUCUGAAAAAAAAAAAGAUCCACCGACUUAUUUAGUGGUUUGGAACAUGAAAAGCGCUGUAGGGAGACAUGUACUGUGUGAGGUGUGUGUCUCUGCUUCAUCUCCACGGUACUUGAUGUUUCUGUCUGCACUGUUUUUAAUGUUGCAGCCUACUGAAUAAGAACUUGUUCCCUCAAUCAGUUGAAUGAUGUUUGAUGUUUGAGCUCAGUUUGAAUGGAUGUGCCAUGAGAGAAUGUCCUUUUGCCCUUUUGUUGAUGUACACAUUCUUUGCCAUGCCAAGCAAUCUAGAUCCUUGGUGCCCUUUUAUCAAGUGAAGGCUAAUGGAAAAGGUGGUUUGUUGUUACUUUGAGAAAACUGGCAACCACUGAACUUCUUUGUUAUGUCACUUAAUUUGCAUACAUGUUUGGUAGCUAAAUUUAAUUGUCAUUAGUUUGUUUUCAUAUUGUAAAUGCUACUUAGUUGCUUUACAGGUAUUUUUUUUUUUCGGGGGGGGGGGGGGACUGGUUGUGAAUUGUCAGAGUAAUAUUCUCUUAGUUAUAAAUUAGGUCACUUCUAUGAGCUCUUGCACGUUCUAUUCUUGUUUUGUUUUUGUUUUUUUCCUUUUUUUUUUUUUUUUUUUGAACAUAUGAACAUUAAUUUUGUCACCUGUCAAAAAAGCCGGAAACCAAAAACAAUAUCCGUGAAGAAAUAAUUUUCAGUAUCAUAUAUGAAUGGCAGUUAGUAAUUAACCCAGCUCUGUAUAAUACAGUUAAGAUAUUUAUACAAGUUCCUCUUUCGAGAGUGCAGCGGACGGAGGUUGUGGAGGAAAAUCUAUGUUUAGUCAUAAGCCCCUUUUCUUUACACACUGGCAACUGUUGUGAAAGUUUUAGAGUACAAGUUCCCACUUAAACUAUAUACCAAUCCAUCCAGCGUGUUUCUUUUCCUCUAAUGGCUUCUAGGGCUUUGGUUACAUGAGAAUGUGGGUGGUUACAACUGUUCAUAAUGUGUUUGACGGGGAUUAAUUAAGGCAUCUGACAUGGGAACAUUUUUAACAAUGAACAUGCGCAUUCUGCGCAGUCAGUGAUUUUUAUGUUGACUGAUGAAUUUUGUAAAUUUGUGUUGGGCUUUUAUUCAAUAAAACAUUGGAUGGAUUUACA